AACUCUGAAAUCAUACAACUUUCUCUCUCCUCGCAAAAUUAAUGUAUCUUCUUCUCUCUCUUCCUCCUCUUCCUUCUCUCAUUACUCUGGAAAUCGAAGCCCUAGAUCCAUUGUUUUUUUGGGUUUUAAUUCAAGUAUAAUUAGUGUUAUUAAUUUACUCCUUUACUCACCCCUAGGGUUUGAUGAUUUCAUUCAAUUCAAUUCAAUUCAAUUCAAUUUAUUCACUCAAACAUUCACUUCUUUUCUUUAAUUUAGUUUAGGGUUUUUUUUUUCCGGAAUUUGAGCCAGAUCUUGGAGCUGAAUUUUCUGGGAUUGUUUCCCUUUUCAAAAUUUGAUGAUGGGUUGUGAUUUGGCAGUGGAAGAGUAGAAUUUGGUACUGGUUUUGUGUGAAAUUGCUGGGAGUUUCCCUUAUUUGAUUUUGAUGCGAUUUUCCAGUGAGUAGUUGAAGUUUGUACUAGGAAUUGUCUUAAAUUGCUGGAAUUUCCCCCCAAUUUGAUUUGAUGGUGGGAUGCAAUUUUUCGGUUGAGAAGAAGGGAUUGGUACUGGGAAUUGAGUAAAAUUGCAGGGAUUUCACCUUUUAAAGCUUGAUGGUGGGGUGCGAUUUUGCAGUGGAGGAGUGACUGUGUGAAAUUGGGGUAGAAUGGGUUGCAUUUGUUGCAAACCAUCGGCAAUUGAGGAUGACAGUAAGGAUAGUCCAAGAGAGCGGCUUUCGAGCAAGGCGGCCGUUUCGUCAGAAGUGAGGGUUUCGUCAAGAGUAUCCUCACUGAGGAGGGAAGAUCGGAAUAAUCAUCAUCAUGAUAAUCAUAGUAAUAGCAGUAAUGGGGGUGAUGAGAAGGUAAUGUUGAUUGAUAAGCAGGUGAAUAAUGGGAGUGUUCGUUUACAAGGGGAGAGUUUCGAGCGCAAGAGGGAGAAACCUGAGUUGGUAGUUACUCAUCAUUUGGGGAGCGGGCCGAUUCCGAAACCGGUGUCGAUCGAAGGAGAGCAGGUCGCUGCUGGGUGGCCUACUUGGCUUGUUGCCGUUGCCGGGGAGGCUAUUAAAGGAUGGGUACCGCGGCGGGCUGAUUCCUUUGAGAAGCUAGAUAAGAUUGGCCAGGGCACCUACAGUAACGUCUAUAGAGCUCGGGAUCUUGAACAAAGGAAAAUUGUUGCUUUGAAGAAAGUAAGAUUUGAUAACUUGGAGCCUGAAAGUGUACGCUUCAUGGCACGAGAGAUUCACAUUCUUCGUAGACUAGACCAUCCUAAUAUAAUAAAACUGGAGGGUCUUGUUACCUCAAGGAUGUCUUGCAGCUUAUACCUCGUGUUUGAGUAUAUGGAGCAUGACCUUGCAGGGCUUGCAUCGCAUCCAGCUGUAAAGUUUACUGAACCACAGGUUAAGUGCUAUAUGCAGCAGCUGUUAUGUGGACUGGAUCACUGUCAUAGCAGGGGCGUUCUACACCGGGACAUUAAGGGAUCUAAUCUUUUAAUUGAUAACAAUGGGAUACUGAAGAUUGCAGAUUUUGGUCUAGCUAGCUUUUAUGAUCCUCAUCAAAGCCAGCCUCUAACAAGCAGAGUUGUAACUCUUUGGUAUAGGCCUCCAGAGCUUUUACUCGGUGCAACAUAUUAUGGUACAUCAGUGGACUUGUGGAGUAGCGGUUGCAUACUUGCUGAACUCUAUGCCGGCAAGCCAAUAAUGCCUGGACGAACAGAGGUGGAACAAUUACACAAAAUUUUUAAGCUUUGUGGCUCGCCUUCUGAAGAAUAUUGGAGAAAAUCAAAAUUACCGCAUGCAACAAUCUUCAAACCCCAACAACCAUAUAUUCGUCGUGUUGCAGAAACAUUUAAAGACUUUCCUGUUCCAGCUCUAGGUCUUUUGGAAAUUCUUCUUUCAGUUGAUCCUGCUGACCGUGGCUCGUCCUCUUCUGCCUUAAAGAGUGAGUUCUUUGCUAUGAAACCACUUCCUUGUGAUCCAUCAAGCUUGCCAAAAUAUCCUCCAAGCAAAGAGUUUGAUGCAAAAAUGAGAGACGAGGAGGCUAGAAGACAAGGAGCUGCUGGGAGCAGGGCCAAUAGGGGUGACCCUGAAAGAAGGGGAACAAGAGAAUCCCGAGCCAUCCCUGCACCGGAUGCCAAUGCUGAAUUAGUUGUGUCCAUGCAGAAGAGGCAAGCUCAAUCUAAUUCAAAGAGCCGAAGUGAGAAGUUCAACCCCCACCAGGAAGAGGUUGCUUCCGGCUUUCCGAUUGAACCCCCUAGAAUAUCUCAAGCAAGAGAAGAUUCUGGUAUAAGCCGGCAUGGACACCAUCAUAAGAGAGCAUCACAUUCAGGACCACUUGUUAAUCCAGCAGCAUGGGUGAAGGCUGGCAAGAACAUGGAUGAUGUUUCCAAAGUGUCAAAUGGUGCUGAAAUAUCAACACUUUCUGGUCCAAUGGCAGCAAGGAGGCUUCUUAUCUGAGGAUAGAGAGAAAAGUCUAGUUCUCUGCAAUCUGGUGCUCCGAAACUAGUAUCAAGGUUCCCUGGAUCAUUCAAAGAAGUAUCAUCAGAGUCCAUGAAAAGGCGAGAUCAAAUGCAGGGCCCUGCAAAUUCUCAUCAAAAUGAAGAUGGAAGAAGUAGCAAUAAAGAUCCUGUCUUGUAA